CGGGGGGUGGUAUAGGACAAGGUUGUGAUGUUAUCACACCAUCGAUACUAAAUAUUGCAAUAACAGUGGUGAUCGCUUGGCAUGCAACAUGGACCUGCGCAACAAAACAUACUUAAACAUUUUGCCGUCGAAUAUGGGCAAUCUCAAGCAGGCCGGAAAGAAGGGAAAAAAGAGAAAAUUAAAAAAAUUGGGUUGAUAAGUCUUCAUCAUGGCAGAAUCGCCGCAGAAAGUUCCUUUGCCCAACUACUACCCCAGCGACAAUGCCAGCGACGACAACAAUGGCAAAACCGACCCCUCGGACGGUUCGCUGUCGAUUUCCGAGUCGAAUAUUCUCCAGGACCGACAGAUAGGUGUCUUUGGAGCAAUUUCAUUGAUUGUCAACAAAAUUGUCGGUGCUGGUAUAUUUUCGACACCGGCGUCCAUUUUCAAACUCAGCGGUAGUCCCGGAAUGGCAUUGGUUCUUUGGGUAAUUGCAGGCAUUAUUUCGACAUGCGGCGCAAUGGUCAUGCUUGAAUUCGGGUCGAGUUUGCCCAGAUCAGGAGGUAUCAAGGUGUAUCUUGAGCGAUCAUUUUCGCCAACCUUACUCAUGACUUGUAUUUAUUUAUUUUACUGUGUCAUCCUUCAGGUAUCUGCGAGCAAUGCGAUUACAGCGUCUUCGUAUCUGUUGAAAGCUGCCGGCGUUGCAUCGACCACAUGGAAACUACGCGGCCUAGCUAUUGCGGCUACAGGGUUUGCUGUCGGUGUCCAUACAGUCGCUCCCCGCAUAGGUCGAGGACUGCAGGAUGUUCUGAGCGCAGUAAAGCUGUUUACUCUGCUCUUCAUCGUGUGCACUGGAUUCGCCGCCUUGGGAGGUCAUCUUAAAGUUCCCAAGCCUGAUAAUUUCAACAUCCAUACCUCUUUCAAAGGAACGUCGAACAAUGGAUACAAUAUUGGAACCGCUUUGUUGGACGCUAUAUUUUCAUUCCAGGGCUACGACAACCUCAACAUGGUCUUAUCAGAAGUCAAGAAUCCGAAAAAGACACUUCGCAUCGCCCUCCCCACUGCCAUGGGUAGUAUCACUGUCCUCUACAUCCUAGCCAAUGUUGCCUACUUUGCGGGUGUGCCGAGAAAAGAAUUCAUUGCAUCCGACCUCACCAUUGCCGCAACCUUGUUCAGAAAUGUCUUUGGCCAAACCGCCGCAUCCAAAGCUCUGCCUGCGCUUGUCGCCAUCUCAGCCAUUGGCCACUUGCUCGGUAUCGCAUAUACAGUUCCCCGCGUGAUACAAGAAUUGGCCAAGGACGGAAUCACUCCCUUCCCCAACAUUGUCAUGCAGAACCGACCUUUCAAAACACCAAUCUGGGCCCUUUUGAUCCAUCUCGGCGUCACCAUCAUCUUCAUCUGUGCUCCUCCAGCUGGAGACGCUUUCAACUUUAUCGUCAGUCUGGCUUCGUAUCCGACUACUUUUCUCUUCGCCGCUAUCACCAUCGGAUUGGUCAGGUUACGUCUGUCCAAGUCGGAAAAUUUCUCGUCUGCCUUUACCGUUCCAUGGGUCUUUCUGGCCUUUUACUUGGCGGCUAAUCUGUUCCUCCUUAUAAUGCCAUUUGUCCGUCCGCCCAACGGCAAAGGCAGUACCAGCCUGCCAUACUGGCUCUCUCCCGUUGUCGCGCUCGCUAUCUUAUCCCUGGGCAUUAUCUACUACCUGAUCCGCUUCAUUCUCCUGCCCUGGAUUUUCGGUUACAAACUCCGCCUGACGGCCGUCCAACUCCGAGAUGGAUCGCAAGUGUCCCGGUAUAAAAUCGUCAAGUCAUGAUCUUGACGCAUAAAUGUCGUGGACUCGUGAGUCGUGGCGCCUUUUGGUUUGGGAAGUUUGGGCAGUUUGGGUGUAGCUGCAUUGCAGCAUUCAUUGGAGCGUUGCAGCAAUUGCUUGAUCAACGGG